UGUAGUGUGUGUAGUGCAGUGUGUGUAGUGCAGUGCGGUGUUCCCUGUCACUAGUUGCAGGCGUCUCAGUAGUAGCGGCAGCUGAUCACUAGGAGGAUGGUGUGAGUGAGUGCAGCAGCCCCGCUCUCUCCUCUCCUCCUCUCUCUGUCUCAGUCUCUGUCUGUCUCUCUCCCCCUCCCCUCUUUCCCCGGGGUCUCAGUGCCGGAUGGUGUGCGGGGCUCCCCGGGCAGGGGAUGUGAUCUGCCCGGGUUUAGUCACUCAGCGGUCGCCGCGAUGAUCAGGAUCUUCCCGGACUUCAGCGUGCAGGUGACGGCGGCUCCCGGAGCUGGAGGGGCUCCUCCCGAGCCCGGGGCGGCCAGGAGCGGGGGAGCCAACGGGAGCCACCCGCACAAUGUGCCCGGGGUCAGCUCCUACCAGCAGCGGGGAGCCUCCAGGCCUAUGACCGCAUGUCCCAUUCCUUGUCCUCCAGACCUCAACUUAAGUUUACAAGCCCUGCGGAAAGAGAAAUCCAGGGAUGCUGCUCGCUCUCGGCGCGGAAAGGAAAAUUUCGAGUUUUACGAACUUGCCAAACUGCUUCCCCUCCCCGCAGCCAUCACCAGUCAACUGGAUAAGGCCUCCAUCAUCAGGUUGACCAUCAGCUACCUAAAGAUGAGAGAUUUUGCCAACCAGGGAGACCCACCAUGGAACCUACGCAUGGAAGGCCCGCCUCCCAACACCUCCGUGAAAGGUGCGUCACUGUUAAGAGUUAUAGGAUCCCAGAGGAGAAGAAGCCCCAGCUCUGUGGCCAUUGAUGUCUUUGACUCUCAUCUUGGUAGUCACAUCCUACAGUCUCUGGACGGAUUUGUAUUUGCACUAAACCAGGAAGGAAAAUUUUUGUACAUUUCGGAGACUGUGUCCAUCUACCUUGGCUUGUCUCAGGUGGAGCUGACAGGAAGCAGCAUGUUUGACUAUGUUCAUCCAGGGGACCAUGUGGAGAUGGCAGAGCAACUUGGUAUGAAACUUCCCCCAGGGCGUGGACUUCUCUCACAGAGUGCCAAUGAUGAUGGUGCCAGCUCAGCUUCAUCAUCCUCACAGUCUGAGACCCCAGAGCCGGUGGAGUCCUCAAGCCCCGGGAUCCUCCCUCAGGACAACUCUCUAGAAAGGUCUUUCUUCAUUCGGAUGAAGUCAACGCUCACUAAGAGAGGUGUGCAUAUCAAAUCCUCGGGGUACAAGGUGAUCCACGUAACUGGACGAUUGCGUCUCCGUGUGUCUCUGUCUCAUGGACGCUCUGCUACUGGACAGGUGAUGGGUUUAGUAGUCGUGGCUCAUGCGCUCCCCCCCCCAACCAUCAAUGAAGUCCGCAUUGACUGCCACAUGUUUGUAACACGAGUCAACAUGGACCUCAAUAUUAUAUACUGUGAAAAUAGAAUCAGUGAUUACAUGGACCUCAAUGCUGUGGAUCUGAUGGGUAAAAGAUGCUAUCACUUCAUUCAUGCUGAAGAUGUGGAAGGCAUUAGACACAGCCACCUGGACUUGUUGAACAAGGGCCAGUGUGUGACCAAGUAUUACCGAUGGAUGCAGAAGAAUGGCGGAUACAUCUGGGUGCAGUCUUGUGCUACUAUCGCAAUCAAUGCUAAAAAUGCCAACGAGCGAAACAUCAUCUGGGUUAACUACAUCCUCAGUUUGCAGGAAUACAAGGACAUUCCAAUGGACAUUGCUCAGCUGCCACAUUUGCCUGAAAAGACAUCAGAAUCCUCAGAGACGUCCGACUCGGACUCAGACUCCAAGGAUAAUUCAGAGGAUAAUGAUAAUCCGAAGUCAGAUGGAAAAGGGAACCUGUCUGAGCAAAGUGAGGAUCCAGAACCUGACCGUAAACAGCCUGGGCAACAUUCUGAUCCAGAGAUGAAUUGUGAUGAAGAAGCGAACAGCUCAAGUGAUGCUUGUAGUGAGGAGAGUGAAGAAAGUGAAGACUGUGAGGUUAGGAAGGCAGCAGAAGAGAUGGAGCAUGAAGGGCUAAGUGCAUUAGGGAGUAUUACUGCUCUGGGGGCACUUGGUCCUAUGCACAUUAAAGUAGAGCGCUACACUGAGAGUGAAACCGACAUGCGUGGACCUGAAUCCCUGAGCUCUGACAGUGCCAAAGACUCUGAGAGUGGAGAGGAGGAAGAAGAGGAUGAAGAGGAAAGAACAAUCUGUGUCACUGGUGUUCUCAGUAGACAUCAACGAAGAAAAAGGAGGAGGAGAAAGAGUUUAGGACAAUGUGGUGGCCGCAGGAGGCGCCUGUCUGGGGGAUCCAGCCCCAGUGGGUUAGAGGGCACGUUGGGGGAUCCUCCAAGACUUCUUCCUUCCACUUCUCCCCCAUCAGGCACCUGUACUACGUCAUCUGUGCUGAAGAUCAAGACAGAAAUGGCAGAACCUAUCAACUUUGAUAAUGACAGCAGUAUUUGGAAUUUCCCACCUAAUCGAGAGAUCUCACGCAAUGAAUCCCCUUAUAGUAUGACCAAGCCUCCAACAGGGGGUGAGCACUUCUCCCCCUCCCCAUCAUCCUCUGCCGCUGCACCUCCAGCCCUCCAUGUCUCCAUACCAGACUCUGUUCUCACACCCCCAGGCGGGGCUGAGGGAGCUGGUCGCAGCAAAGCGCAGUAUUCCGGAUCCUCAGGGGGCUUGGGUCCUGUCAACUCAGAUCCACUUUCCCCUCCACUCUCUGCCUCACCUCGCGAGAAACCUCCUCAAACAGGCGGCCCAUCAAAUUCUCUUCUGUAUGCAGGAGAAUUAGAAGCACUACAAAGGCUUCAGGCUGGCAAUGUGGUCCUUCCUCUUGUGCAUCGUGUUGCAGGAACCCUUGCAGCCACAGGAAGCAGUGGACAGAGGGUGUACACCACAGGCACCAUUCGUUACGCCCCAGCUGAGGUGACACUGGCCAUGCAGGGCAACUUACUCCCUAAUGCCCACCCUGUGAACUUUGUGGAUGUAAAUGGUCCUGGAUUUGGUCUAGACCCCAAAACCCCAAUGGAGAUGCUGUACCACCAUGUACACCGACUAAACAUGUCUGGUCCUUUUGGAGGAGCGGUGACAGGUGCUGGUCUUACCCAAGUCCCUGCUGCCAGUGUCUUCACUACAGCUGAAGGAAUUUUCUCCUCCCUUCCGUUCCCAGUGUACAGCAAUGGUAUCCAUGCAGCACAGACUCUAGAACGUAAAGAGGACUGAGAGGAAAAAAAGAAAAACAAAUGAAGGAGAGAAGGAGGAGAAAAUGGACAGACUUCAGAGAGUAGAGAAAGACGUUAUAUAAUAAUUCAGAAUGUAGGUGGCUAUAUACUGGUGUUAGGGGCAUCUAAACCUGGCCACCCCAUGUCUCCUCCGCUGCACCCUAAUCCAAAGCCGCUAGAGGAGGUGUUCCUUAAGAGUUAAUCUUAAUGCUUAAUAUCCUCCUCUAAAACUUUUUGGGACCAGUAGCCCUGUCUUCCGCACCUCAUACUUAGCUGGGCUGCAUAAAAUAGAUGUUCCUCCAUCAGCCCCCUUUACCGUGGCUUUGGUUUAGCUGGCAGAUGCCUCUCCUGGGGACCGCUCGCACUGUGCCCGUUGCUCCAUCACUUAGAGGGGGGAGCAACGGCUGCGUUCUGAUCCUUUACGUAACGUAUUCCAGCACUUUGACUCACACCUCAAAUUCCCUCUUUUCCGACCCUAGAAACCUUUACGGGCUUCUUUUACUCCUCACCCUGUCACUGCCAAAAUACUGAGACAUUUGUUCACACAUGUUAUAAUGUUUAUUUCUCAGAAUGUUUGGACCUCUCCUUCUCUGCUGCUAGACCUUGGAGCCAUUCACUUUUAAGUUGCCAGAGGGGCAGUGCCAUGCAUACUGCUCUGGCAAGGAAAGAGUUGGCAGGCAUGCACUACAGGAUGAUGGAAAUGUAAUGAGCCUCGCAUUAACCCCCAACAUUGCAAAAAGGGUGUUGACUGAAACAGUCUGUACAACAGCUGUGUAUUGAUGUACCAAGAUGCCUUGUCUUUUCAAGGGAGAGGUUAUGGGUGUGUAGAUGAAGAUGUUAUGUCACACACACACACGCGUCACAUGCAGGAAAGAGAGUUUACCAGAUUCACAUACUACAAGACGUAUGUAUAAAUUCUCCUACCGCAGGAUGUAGUUUAGGUGUUUGAUGCCCAGCUGUUACAAAGGAUUGUGAUAGGACUACAAGAACACCUCCAAAAGAGCAGUAGGUUCUUCAGACCCAUCUUGGUAGCCAAGUUGCAGUUUUGACUGCUCAUUGUCAAUACAAAGUACAAGGACUGUUUUUAUAUAAGUUUACGUACAAGCUAUUGUUCCCCUUUCCAAAAUCUUCCAACUUUACACUGUUGCCCAACAUCCAACCGUAAGACACUGUAACAAAUGUUCUUAGGAGGACUUAGUCCUCGUUGUAUGAAAAACAACCAUUGUCUUUAUCCCCCCCCCCCCCCUUAAAAAUGACGUUUCUUGGAGAGCCGUAUUUUUAAUUCCCAUAGGGUGAGUACUUCAACUCUAAUAUAGCUGUGCCGGUCUCAUUCUUCUCUUGUCUUUUAGAGAAGGUUAAGGAAAAAUGAAUGUAAGCUCUUUUCUUAUCAUUUGAGGAGCAGGUGUUAGGAUCGUAGGCAGAAGUUGGUGGAGAUGGUGUUAGUUGGGUUGGAAGACUGGAGGGACUGGAAUGGAAGCAGGAAGACUUUGUCAGGAGUUAUUUCAGGGGGGUUAGAAAGAUAACGCAUACCUCAGAUAUUUUAUGCUUUUUCAUUAUCUUCUCGAAAACCCCAAAACAAUUGCGGGUUGAGCCGCCGUAAGGGGCGAUUUGUGGAGGAGCAGUUCAGGUUUGGCCGUAAGAUGACUUAUUGCCACAGAAGGAUAAUACAGCCAACACUUCAUCUGGGGCCCCAGCCUCGGAGCGACAGGAUUAAUAGAAAUUGUCUGUUUGACUGGGAAAAGUCUGAAGAGAAUAAUGUCCAAGUUUUCUGGUUUAACUUGCUCUAGGAAGACUAGAACCCUUCCCUAGUAGAUCAGAUACACUAUUAACCCUUUCUUGGAUGAGGACAGGGGGAGACCUUUUACCUUUUAAAUAUGCCAAUUUUUUCUUUACUACCAGGGAGGCUUAGAACAUGGUACCCAUAGGCCACUAAAGCCAUUCUAGUGUUCAAUCCAUGCCCGCCAUUAACAGUACAAGCCAGGUUGUUUGCCCAAAUAAAUAAUGAUAGUGGCAGAACGAUAUGGGAACAGUGGGUUACUUUGCAGACUCCUUUUUUUUGCACAAAACACUUUACUGACCCGUCAUGUUAUUUGGUGUUACAUGUUGCGUGUCCUCACCAGCACUGUGUUUCUCUGUUAUACUUUACAGUAAAUGGAGGGUUAAAAAAAUAAGACGUAGAAGUCAUUUUAACCUGCAUAUUUUUUUACCAUAUAUGUUUUCUCUUGCUUUGCUUCUUUCUAUCCCCUCCCCCCCAUCUUAAGUGCUCAGACAGGGUUUACAAACCCUAGUAAAGAACUAACACGUAGAAAUGUUUUACCGUAUUCUCAGUCAGAAAAAGUCUCUGCCGAAAUUUUUUAACACGUAAGAAAAAAAAAUUGAAGUACAACGAAAGUUCGGGCAUUGACCUUUAAUUUGGUCGCCAGAAAUCUGAAAGGGGGGUGGGGGAGGGGAAUCUGAGUUAUUCAGAAACCAAAAGUGUGACGUUUUAUAGCGUAAUGGGUUUUUAUUUCUUCUUUCAGUCUGUUUGGCAGCUUAUCCGUGAAAACAUCUAUUACCAGGUGUGAGACUUUGUAAUGUGUUGCUUCGUGUAUUAAAAAAAAGAAUAAAAAACACAAAUCUAAAAGAGGUUUAGAGAAAAAAAGACAAAAAAAAAAACCGAACCAUUUCCGAACGUGUCUUUUAGCUGUCUCAUUCCAAUUUCAACGUGUGUUACAAUAUGCAGUAUAUUCUAAGCUAAUGUGAGUGUUUAUAUCUGUUGUCUUUCUCUGUGCUUUUAAAAAACUGUAGUCUGGGUCUGUCACGUUCUUUACUCCCUGUGUGUCAGUGAAUCGGUGGUACCUGGGGGCUCGUGGAUGUUUGUAUAGUGGCAACGCUGCUUUCACUGUUGGUACACCCUAUGGGUAACUUUGCUCUUUUUCCUUGUUUUUCUUUUUGGCUAUCGCUUUUACUGUUGUGAAAUUUCAGUACUCUGUCUUAAUGACUGUUCUGUAAUUUUUUACCUAUGUUUCAUGUCUGUCUUUUCCUACAUAAACCAGCGAAAGAUCAUUUUUGAGACACAAUAAAAUAAAAAAUAAAAAAAAAGCCGCCUACAUGCUUGUGCGAGGGAGGGAAGGACAGCUUUUCUUCUUUCCCCACAUUGAGAUUAGCAUCUCUGCAGCCUGAGAGCCGUAGAGAAGUUGAUCUGACAUAUCAGUAGCUCGGUGUAUUUUAGCAUCUAGUCUAUCUAGAGGAGGCUCAUUAAUGGUGAUAGAAACAUUUGUCGCAUUUAGUACACUUUUAUCUAGUCCUGUCAGUCUACUUUUACACAUUACCAGUCCAUGCAGGUCCAACUGUGCCUGAUGCAGAGUUGUAAAGCCAUCAAAUCUCUAGGAAGCAUGGCAGUGAAUGCUUGUUCAUUUGGUUGCCCAAUUUUCUGCUUUGUUGCCUUCCAUAAAGCCAGUGUUUCCCAACCAGGAUGCCUCCAGCUGUUGCAGAACUACAACUUCCAGCAUGCCUAAACAGCCCACGUUAUCAGUACCACGCAUGUUACAUACGGCAUCAGAGCUUUGCUCAUUUUAUAUGGUAUUAGAACCAUACUCAUAACAUACAGGAUCAGAACCAUGCUCAUUACAUACAGUAUCAGAACCACACUUAUUACAUACAGUAUCAGGACCGCGCUCAUUACAUAUGGUAUCAGAACCACACUUAUUACAUACAGUAUCAGGACCACACUCAUUACAUAUGGUAUCAGAACCAUGCUCAUUAUACACAGUGUAUCAGAAAAAGAGAGCCCAACCUCAAGGAUAGUGAGAAAUAGUAUAAUACUUAAUAAUGUUUGACUAAGACCAUGCUUCAA